UGUAGCUGAGUGAACAACCCCAGUACCUCCGUCCCGCUGUCUGGACCUUGUCAACGAAAGACAACACCGUUACUAUUAUUGGGAUAUCAAUAAUCGUUUAUAACGUGAACAGCCUUUGCAGCAACUAUGUGGAUUUACAACAUUAUUUUUAGUCUCUUAAUCGUCUGUUAUUCAGAGUGCAGGAGGAAUGCAUUACAGGACUACCAGAGGAGUGAUGGCGUGAGAUUGGUCCAACUGCCAGACUCUGCCCUCCAUACCAAAAGCAGGAAGUUGAGCAUUGUGAAGUGUGCCCGUGGUUGCAGCCGCAACAAGAUACUGCUCUUCACCUGCAGAGCGUUCUUGUAUGAUCAGAAAAACAGGAAAUGCCAGUGGUUGUCAUUUGACAGGAACUCACCAGGAGUCCAAAGCCAACAUGACUUCAACUACCAACUCUACCAGAAGAAAGCCUAUGUGCAGGAGUGCAUAGUGGGGACAGGAGUGAACUACAGAGGGAGAAGGUCUGUAACGGCCAGUGGAAUCAGGUGCCAAGCCUGGGCCUCUCCUUUCCCUCAUGAACACAAUUUCCUACCAAGGAGGAACAGGAAGAAGGAGCUGACAAACAACUACUGUCGUAACCCUGACAACGCUAUUUCAGGACCAUGGUGCUUCACUACAGACCCCAACGUCAGACACCAGGACUGUGGAGUACCUGAGUGCUUACAAGUGGAGUGUGUGAGCUGUAAUGGGGAACGCUACAGAGGUCCCAUGGAUCACACAGAGACGGGACGGGAGUGUCAACGCUGGGACCUAGAGGAACCACACAAACACCUCUUCCACCCCAAGAGGUAUCCUGAUAAAGGCCUAGAUGACAACUAUUGUAGGAACCCAGAUGGACGUCAACGACCGUGGUGUUUCACCCUGGAUGCACACACAUCCUGGGAGUACUGCAACAUCACAGCCUGCCCCUCAGACAGUGUGGGAGAGGUAGAUGUGACUACCAGGUGUUUCCUGGGUCGAGGUGAGGGCUACAGAGGGACAGUAGCAGUAACACCCAGUGGGGUGACCUGUCAACGCUGGGACUCACAGUACCCCCACAACCACACAUACAUACCCCAGGACUAUCGCUGCAAAGACCUGAGGGAGAACUACUGCAGGAACCCUGACGGCCUUGACCUCCCAUGGUGCUUCACUUCAGACCCUAACGUUCGCAAGGCAUUCUGCACCAACAUCCUCCGCUGUGGCACACAGAGUACUGAACCCCAUGACUGCUACGAGGGCAACGGAGAGAGCUACAGAGGAGAGGUAUCUAGGACCAGGUCAGGUCUUCUCUGUUCCCUCUGGACAGACCACAGUUGGGACAGAGAUGCAGCGGUGCUGACUGUGGGACAGGAGGCGAGUUUCUGUAGGAACCCAGACAGAGACACUCAUGGCCCCUGGUGUUAUACUAACAGCACUGCUAUGCCCUGGGACUACUGCAGCAUCAAACCAUGUGUACCAUCAAAGAACACCAUUCCACAGAGAGUGGAGGUGUCCAAUGUGUCAUGUUUCAUCCAUAAGACGACCAGGAUAGUAGGAGGAGCUCCAGUCGCCAUCACAGACGGAAGCUGGAUGGUCAGCAUACAGAAACGGUCCAGUCACUGGUGUGGAGGUUCUCUCAUACGAGAGGAGUGGGUCCUCACUGACAGACAAUGCUUCUCCUCAUGUGUUCCAGACCUGAGUGAGUAUCGUGUGUGGUUAGGUGUAUCAGACCUUCGUGGCUUGGCUCCUAACAGCUCCUUCAGACAGGAAGUCUCCAUCUCCCAUGUGAUCUGUGGUCCUGAGGGCUCCAACCUGGCCCUCAUACGGCUGGCUCAGCCUGCCCUCCCUGCAGACAGUGUCCACACCAUUCAGCUGCCGGUGGCUGGGUGCUCCAUUGCUGAUGGCUCGAUGUGUAGCAUGCAUGGAUGGGGCGAGACCAAAGGUACGGGUCAUGAAGGUGUACUGAAGGUAGUCCAUCUGCCCAUGGUCAGUAAUGAGAGGUGUAGUGAACAACACAGAGGGAACCUCCACAUCACAGACACCAAGAUUUGCGCUGGGGGGAGGAAGGACGAGGGCGUCUGUGAGAGGGACUAUGGCGGCCCCUUGGUGUGCCAGGAAGGAGAGAGCAGGGUCAUAGUGGGGGUCAGUGUCCAUGGCAGAGGCUGUGCCCGUGCCAAUCGGCCUGGCAUCUUCAUCAACGUCCCCUUCUACACCCAGUGGAUCCACAAGGUGUUCCGACACUACCCCGAACCUCAGAUCAACUAGGCACUACCCUCAGAUCAACUAGGCACGACCCUCAGAUCAACUAGGCACGACCCUCAGAUCAACUAGGCACGACCCUCUGAUCAACUAGGCACGACCCUCAGAUCAUCUAAAUAUCAAAUACAGAUAAACCUUUAUGUAGAUACACCUGUGGCUCAGUCACGUAAGGACCAACUGAGUCCCUGUGCAUUUGAAAGAGGGAAAACUCCAGCCAUACAGAAAGAUAUCAAACACAACUCCAAACUUGAUUCUGGAAUUCAGACUCAUGGGCUUCUAUAUGUCUUUGGAGUGGACCUGUGAAGUGGAAUGUAAUUGUGUUGAUCAGACUGCUGGAUCGAUCCUUUAGAUAAUAUAAAUAUGUAGUGUUACAGACAUGCUACUAAAGACAACAGAGGUGUGGAUAUGUGGUUGGCCAAACACCAUGUGCUGAAGCUGGUAAGGUUUGGAUGUUCAGGACUCAUAUUGUCCACAAUCAGUAAGAAUCUGUAGACAAUGUGGUAAUAGGGGAGAGUGGGGUAAAUUGAGACACCCCUUGUUUCUAGGAAACCAUAUACAAAAUUAAUAAUGUGACCACAUUUUUAGGAAGAGGUCAUAAUUUCAUGGAGUCAGAAGAAAGAAACCACCACCACAAAGUAAAUUGAAUGUAUUGUGUUCCAGGUUUCAGGAUGCUUGUAUCUAAACCAAAGUUAGAUGUACAUCAGUUGGGGUCUUUAUAAGUACAAUAUGAGGUCCAAAACCUAGCAUGAAAGUGCAUCCUUGUAGCUGUGUGGACUAAUAUAAUCAAAAUGUUUGCCUUGGUGUAAGUUGAGCCAAUGGCCACCAUAUUUGCAUUUGUAUUAUUACAGAGCAGACAUCAUCAUGCCCCUUGUAUACAAACGUAAAACAAGCAGGGGUCUAGCCGCCUUGAGUUUCUUGAGAGAGCAACCAAGGAAGUGAGAGAAGGGAAGAAGUCAAUUUGAGCAGCAGAAAAGGAUAGAAAAAAUGGUCUUUAUGACACUGAAGAGGUACAUUGACGAUCAGCAAGGCUAUGACAGAGUAGCAGAGGCACACAAGGUCUCAUCUGAUGACAUGGAGUCUCAGCUUGCUGAUCAUAUCAAGAAUCUGGCAGACCAGUUUCAUGGGCUUAGCCUUAAAUGCAGAGAACUGGCACAUACGAAUUGGCACAUUGAAGUAACAUCUCUAUCCCAGGCAACUGGUCUAGAAAUGAAAGGGUCAGUGAUAUUGAACAGAGAGAUCUAUCUGAAUGUAGGCAUACAUUUAAGAUAUACACUAUACCACACCCCCAUUCCAUUAUUUCAACUUUGACCUACCGGCACCAUCACCCACUAUCACAGGUCACCAUCACCCACUUACCUCAAGGCGGCUCAACUGACCUUGUUCCUUUGCUCAACUUAAGAUGUGCCAAAAUUCCACAUUUUUUGAACAAGCUAUGUUUUCAAAACUGUUAUGUUUCCAUGAAUUCUGAUUAUUUCCAGGGAUACACAACAUCCUGAAAUACAUUACGAAAGUGUGCUCAUCAAACAUCUCAUUCGAAAAUCAUGGGCAUUAAUAUGGAAUUGUUCCCCCCUUUGCUGCUAUAACUGCCUCCACUCUUCUGCGAAGGCUUUCCACUAGAUGUUGGAACGUUGCUGCUGGGACUUGCUUUCAUUCAGCCAAUAGAGCAUUAGUGAGGUCGUGUACUGAUGUUGGGCGAUUAGGCUUGGUUCGCAGUCAGCUUUCCAAUUCAUCCUGAAGGUGUUUGAUGGGGUUGAGGUCAGUGCACUGUGCAGGUGAGUCAAGUUCUUCCAUACCGAUCUCGACAAACCAUUUCUGUAUGGACCUCGCUUUGUGCACUGGGGCAUUGUCAUGCUGAAACAGGAAAGGGCCUUCCCCAAACUGUUGCCACAAAGUUGGAAGCACAGAAGCUGUAACGUAAAGAUUUCCCUUCACUGUAACUAAGGGGCCUAGCGCUAAUCAUAAAAAACAGCCCAAGACCAUUAUUUCUCCUCCACCAAUUUCUACAGUUGGCACUAUGGAUUCAAGCUGGUAUUGUUCUCCUGGCAUCUGCAAACACAGAUUUGUCCGUCGGACUGCCAGAUGGUGAAGCGUUAUUCAUCACUGCAGAGAACACAUUUCCACUGCUCCAGAGUCCAAUGGCGGCGAGUUUUACACUACUCCAGCUGAUUCUUGGCAUUGCGCAUGGUGAUCUUAGGCUUGUGUGUGCCCGCUUGGCCAUGGAAACCCAUUUCAUGAAGCUUCUGACGAACGGUUAUUGUGCUGACAUUGCUUCCAGAGGCAGUUUGGAACUCUGUAGUGAGUGUUGCAACCAAGGACAGAUGAUUUUUAAGUGUUAUGCGCUUCAUCACUUCAUCACCCGUUCUUUGAGCUUGUGUGGCCUACCACUUUGCGGCUGAGCCAUUAUUGCCCCUAGAAUUUUGUACUUCACAAUAACAGCACAUACAGUUGACUGGGGCAGCUCUAGCAGAGCAGAAAUUGGAUGAACUGACUUGUUGGAAAGGUGGCAUCCUACUGUAUGACGGUGCCACAUUGAAAGUUACUGAGCUCUUCAGUAAGGCCAUUCUAUUGCCAAUGUUUGUUUAUGGAGAUUGCAUGGCUAUGUGAUUGAUUUUAUACACCUGUCAGCAACGGGUAUGGCUGAAAUAGCCAAAUCCACUCAUUUUAAGGGGUGUCCACAUACUUUUAUGUAUAUGUAGAUAUCUUUGGUAGAAACAAUACUAUUUUUCACUUGACAUAGUGAUGCU